CAGACAAAUUUACGUGCGUGAAAUGGUCAGGUCCUACUGGCUACGCGGCUAGUACUUUGCUCGGGAAAAGGACCCCGCAUUCAGCAUGGCAACAGGCACCCCGAGCAACAAGACUGCCCUACGCAAGGGUUUUGGUCUCAUGGAUUGGGUAAAGCUGACAACAUCCACCCGGGACUUGUCCGGGGUGCUGCGCAUGGGCGGCCUGAGGGGAUACCGGAUGGAAGAAGUCGCCCGGCACCGCACGUCAAACGAUGCCUGGGCCGUGUUUGCGGGUAAAGUCUACAAUCUGACUCCCUAUCUGCCGUACCAUCCCGGAGGGGCCAAUAUAAUCGUAAAGGCGGCAGGCACGGACUGCACUGCACUCUUCAAUAAGCAUCAUCCGUGGGUGAACCUGGAGGGAUUGGCAGGGAAACUGGUCGUCGGGUACCUAAUAGAGGAAGAAGGCGCGACUCCGAAGGACACAGGGUUAGCUCAGGAAGAGUCGCCACAGGCAGGGCUUGACGGUAGUGCUUCGUCCGGGCCGGCGGCGGAGAGGGCGGGAGAAGACGGUGACUCUUUGGUAACCGAUGCUGCGGGGCAGUCGCCUGUGGACGCGUGUGUGGGACUACUAGCACCUCCGCCGAAACGCUUCAGCAUUACGGCAGCAUUCGGUACAGAGGAAGACUUCGCAGCAAGUAUAGAGGAGAACGGGGCAGUAAGAGAGGGGUGACUCUGGCGAUACGGCGGAGAAGAGGAGAAUCCUGUGUAGACCUGAAAGUAUUCACAACUGUACAUCGAAAUGGCCCUAGGAUGCAAGAAAGGAGAGCAAUGCCGGAAACUUGAUGCUUUGUGAGGUGAAAGGCAAGGAAAAUUCGCGGGCACAUGCUUGUGAGAACUACGCAUGCGCAUGACAAGCGACCUGAAAGAGCGAAAGCUUUCGCGGCUGCCUGGUUAUGGCGUUCGGGUCUCCGCCCGAUCCUUUCGGUGUGCGUUUUGCACCAGACGCACGCAUGCAAAUAAAGAAAAGAGUAACCCAAUGCGGUCUUGGGAAAAA